GAUAUUUUCUGAAGUAAAGGAAUAUCCAUAUCACGUUCUACUGCCCUUUUUCUUCUCUCACUACUGUUCUUAUUCUUCUUGUGAUGCACCAUCUAUCUCAUUCACCAACCUCACCACUUUUCACAAGUGAUGUGUCUCCUUUACUCUACCAAGUCUUGUUUAUUGCUUCCUGUGUUGUGGCUAUGAAAAGAAGUGAAAGACUACCUCAGACAAAAGAGUUGUUGUGUUAACAACAUGGCUAAGCUUUCCCCUCUUGAAGAGACCCUUCUAAACGGUGACUCCUGUACAAGCAGCAAGUCUGAUCCCAUUAAGACAAAAGGAAAUGAAAACUUAAACCGAAAUUCAAAUGCUGGAUUUUUCAAUAUUCUCACUUUCUCGUGGAUCAGUCCAUUAAUAACAGUAGGCAAUGAGAGGACUUUAAACCAUGAAGACAUCCCACGUCUUGGUACUGAUGACAGUGCCUACGGGAUUUUUCAAACUUUUAGAAGCAAACUACAGUCAGAGUGUGGUAGUGUUAGGAAUGUGACAACUCUUAAGCUGGCCAAGGUUUUAUUCUUGUCGACAUGGCAAGGGAUCUUCUUAUCAGGUUUAUUUGCAUUCUUGUAUACGUGUGCUUCUUAUGUAGGACCCUUUCUUAUUGAUAUCCUUGUUCAAUACCUCAACGGAGAACACAUGUUUAAAAAUGAAGGAUAUGUUUUGACUGCGGCAUUUGUUGCUGCAAAGCUUUUGGAGAGUCUUGCAGACAGGCACUGCAUGUUCAGGUUCCAGCAGGUUGGGGUCCAAAUUCAAUCAAAGUUGGUGGCAAUGAUCUAUGCUAAAGGUUUGACUCUUUCAUGUCAAUCAAUGGAGGUUCAUAGCACAGGGGAAAUCAUCAACUUAAUGACUGUUGAUGCUUCAAGGAUUGGAGAAUUUUGUUGGUAUAUGCAUCGACCCUGGAUGUGUGUUUUGCAAGUUGCUCUGGCCUUGUUGAUUCUCUAUAGAAGUGUAGGGGUUGCUUCAAUAGCUGCUCUUGCUGCCACUGUAAUUGUAAUGUUUUUAAACCAUCCCGUGGCAUCAUUGCAAGAAAAGUUUCAAGGCAAGGUAAUGGAGUCCAAAGAUAAUAGAAUGAAGGCUACGUCUGAGAUUCUUAAGAAUAUGAGGAUUCUAAAACUGCAAGCAUGGGAGAUGAAGUUCUUAUCAAAGAUUAUUCAGCUUAGGAAAACAGAGGAGAUAUGGCUGAAGAAAUUUCUAGCUGGCUCAGCAGUUGUUAGAUUUGUUUUCCAUAAUGCCCCCACUUUUAUCGCAGUGGUUACUUUUGGUACUUGUGUUCUUGUAGGCAUCCCACUUGAAUCAGGAAAGGUCUUAUCUGCACUUGCAACAUUCCGAAUUCUUCAAAUGCCUAUCUACGGUCUUCCUGACACGGUUACAAUGAUUGCACAAAGUAGGAUUUCUCUUGAAAGGAUUGCAUCAUUUCUUCGUUUAGAAGAGUUGCAGACUGAUGUAGUAGAGAAGCUUCCUUGGGGUAGUUCUGAUAAGGCAGUUGAAUUAGUAGAUGGAAAUUUCUCAUGGGAUUUAUCUUCCUCUAAUCCAACAUUGAAAAACAUCAAUCUCACAGUUUUUCAUGGUACGAGGGUUGCUGUAUGUGGAACUGUUGGAUCAGGAAAGUCUAGUUUACUUUCUUGCAUUAUAGGGGAAGUACCAAAGAUAUCUGGGAGUCUGAAAAUAUGUGGAACAAAGGCCUAUGUUUCUCAAUCACCAUGGAUACAGAGUGGCAAGAUAGAAGAGAACAUAUUGUUUGGUAAAGAGAUGGACAGGGAAAAGUAUGAGAGGGUGCUAGAAGCAUGUUCCUUGAAAAAAGACCUUGAGGUUCUACCAUUUGGAGAUCAGACCAUUGUUGGAGAGAAAGGGAUCAAUUUGAGUGGUGGACAGAAGCAAAGAGUGCAAAUAGCGCGUGCUAUAUACCAAGAUGCUGAUAUAUAUCUUUUUGAUGAUCCAUUCAGUGCGGUGGAUGCUCAUACGGGAUCUCAUCUUUUUAAGGAGUGCUUGCUUGACCUUUUAAAAUCCAAAACUGUGAUAUACGUAACCCAUCAAGUAGAAUUCUUACCUGAUGCUGAUCUAAUACUGGUCAUGAGAGAAGGAAGAAUAACUCAAUCGGGAAAAUUCAAUGACAUUCUCAGGUCAGGGACUGAUUUUAUGGAACUUGUAGAUGCACACAGAGCAGCUUUAUCUUCAUCAAUUAAGUCCCUAGAGAGAAGACCAACAUUUAAACAACAAAGUACCACCAAGGAGAACAAAAAUUCAUUAACUGAUUUUGAAUAUGAGGAAAAUGAGGAAAACAUUCAUGAUAAGAAGGAUAAUAAAGAUGACACAAAUGAAUCAAAAGGACAACUUGUUCAAGAAGAAGAACGGGAAAAGGGUAGAGUUGGGUUUAAUGUAUACUGGAAAUACAUCACAACAGCUUAUGGAGGAGCUCUUGUGCCCUUCAUAUUACUAGCUCAGAUACUCACCGUGGGUUUUCAAAUUGCAAGCAAUUACUGGAUGACUGUGGCAACUCCUGUUUCAGGAACUGCUGAACCUGAUAUUGGAAGCCUUACACUUAUGCUUGUCUAUGUCGCAUUGGCAAUCGGAAGUUCAAUUUUCACCCUUGCGAGAGCAUUUAUUGCUGUGAUAGCUGGAUAUAAAACAGCCACUGUGCUCUUCAGUAAAAUGCAUUUCUGUGUUUUUCGAGCACCAAUAUCUUUUUUUGAUGCCACCCCAAGUGGUCGAAUCCUGAAUAGAGCUUCAACAGACCAAAGUGAACUAGAUAUGAGCAUUCCAUCAUUAGUAUGGGCAAUUACCCUAAAUUUGAUUCAAAUCUUCGGAAAUAUUGUUAUAAUUUCUCAAGCGGUAUGGCAGGUCUUUCUAGUAUUGAUUCCUGUAAUGGCAGCAUGCAUAUGGUACCAGCGAUACUAUUCUGCAUCUGCAAGGGAACUGGCACGAUUAGUUGGUACAUGUCAAGCUCCAGUUAUACAACAUUUUUCAGAAACAAUCUCAGGAUCAACAACCAUAAAAUGUUUUGAACAAGAAUCAAGAUUUAAUGACAUAAAUAUGAAAUUGAUAGACAGAUAUUCCCAACCUAAAUUAUACAGUGCUGCUGCAAUUGAAUGGUUGAAUUUCAGAUUGGAUAUUUUAUCCACUCUCACAUUUGCCUUCUGUUUGGUUUUCUUGAUAUCUUUUCCAAACUCAUUUACUGCUCCAGGCAUUGCUGGACUGGCUGUGACAUAUGGACUUAAUCUAAACUCUCUACAAACUAAUAUAAUCUGGUUUCUUUGCACUUUGGAGAACAAAAUUAUAUCUGUUGAAAGAAUACUUCAAUACACAUCUCUCCCAAGUGAAGCUCCUCUUGUGAUUAAAGACAACCAGCCGGAAUAUUAUUGGCCAUCAUUUGGUGAGGUUCAUAUCCGGGAUCUACAGGUUCGAUAUGCUCCUCACCUGCCUAUUGUUCUACGAGGCCUUACUUGCACUUUUACUGCUGGAUCAAAAACUGGUAUUGUAGGAAGAACAGGAAGUGGAAAAACAACUCUAGUGCAAACACUUUUCCGACUUGUUGAACCUGUUGCGGGACAAAUAUUGAUAGAUAGCAUUAACAUCACUUCGAUUGGAAUUCAUGAUUUGAGGUCCAGACUAAGCAUUAUUCCUCAAGAGCCAACAAUGUUUGAAGGGACUGUAAGAAGCAACCUGGAUCCGCUGGAAGAGUACACAGAUGAACAGAUUUGGCAGGCUUUAGAGAUGUGCCAACUUGGAGAUGAAGUAAGGAAAAAAGAAGGGAGACUUGAUUCCAUAGUUACUGAAAAUGGAGAAAAUUGGAGCAUGGGUCAAAGGCAAUUGGUCUGCCUUGGCCGUGUUCUACUGAAGAAAAGCAAGAUCUUGGUGCUUGAUGAAGCUACUGCAUCUGUUGACACAGCCACAGAUAAUAUUAUUCAGCAAACAGUUAAGCAUCAUUUUGCAGAAUGCACAGUCCUCACCAUUGCUCAUAGGAUAACUUCAAUCAUUGACAGUGACAUGGUUCUGUUUUUAAAUCAAGGGUUGAUUGAAGAAUAUGAUUCACCAAAGAAACUGCUUAAGAACAAAUCUUCAUCUCUAGCUCUACUGGUUGCUGAAUACACAAGGAGAUCAGACUCUGGUUUUGGAAAUUAAAUUCAAACUGAUUUUAAAUUUUCCUCCAACCAGAUAUAUUUGUAAUAUGUAAUAUGUAUAAUCCUACCUUGCUGAACUGCGGUAGAAAUUUUCUAAAGCCUUUUCCCUGUGGGUUGAUCGCCAACCCAUUUCCUUAUAUUAAAAAUUAAAAUAAAAAUAACUUAAAAAAUUAA